AUGCCUCCACCAUCAACCCACCCCAUCCCACCAUCCCUCCCCCUCACCCUCAUCGUCGCAACAACCCCCGUACGCGUCGCGUCCAGCACCAGCACCACCAAUUCCACCCUGAAUACCAGCGACACCAAUGAAACAACGACAACAACACGCCUCGGUAUCGGCCUCAAAGGCACCCUCCCUUGGCCGCGCAUCAAAGCCGACAUGAGCUUCUUCGCGCGCGCCACAUCGCGCCCCCCGCGCCGGCGGAUUAGUGUCGUCAUCACGCGCGACCAGUCCGGCGCCGUGCGCGACGGCGUGCUCCAGGAGCUGGAGGCGCGGCGUGCGAAGUUGGCUGCGGCGGUUGCUGCCAAAGCUGCCACCACAGCCACUACCAGCACCAGCACCAGCACCAGCACCAGCACUGACCAGAAUUCGAAUUUGAAUUCGAAUUUGAAUUCGAAUGUUGAGGCCGAGGCAAAGGUUAAGGCAGACCCCGCAAAAACAUCACUCGAUACCCCCGCCAAAGAACCUACCACCCCGCAGUCCGCAACGACAGCAGACCCCAUCACCGACGCGAUUGUGACUCCCAGCCUCGACGCCGCCCUCCACGACCUGGACUCUAUCUACGGUGCUGCGGGGCGUUUGGGGAAGAUCUAUGUGAUUGGCGGGGCGGAGAUCUACGCCGCGGCGCUGCAUAUGCAGGCUGUUGAUGGGUCGUCGGCGCUGCGGCGGCGGCCUGUGCGGGUGGUUAUGACGAAUGUGGUGCGGAAGCCGGAUGCGGAGACAGAGACGGAGACGGAGACACAAAAGAAGGAAGAAGGUGACUCGCAGGAUGUAGCGGCGGGGGCGGCGUCUUUCGAGUGUGAUACGUUUUUCCCGUUGGAUGGACUCACGCCACAGAAUGGGUGGAGGAGUGCUAGUUCGGCGGAGGUUUCGGAGUGGGUGGGCGAGGAGGUUUCCGGUGGGUGGAGGGAAGAGGGCGAGGUGGGGAUUCAGAUGGUUGGGUUUGAGCGGGUUGGUUAG